UAUUAACGUCAUGCACCGAGACCGGCGAGCACGAAUGGGCAAGCUGGGCCGAGAGCGUCAACACCCUUUUCGACGACGAGGCUUUAGAAAGAAGUUCUCAAACGCUUCCGCGAUCUUCGUUUCUUCCAUCUUUCCUCAUGUUUCCACGAUCAUAAUAAUGGCAUGCUGUGGCAUGCUGUAUCUAACGGCCACUUUAUCUCAACUUCAUCUACUUCCCGUCAAACGAUGGCACAUACAGAAUCUAUUUAGGUGACGCCCAUUAGGUCUCACGAUACACGAGACCGGUGAGGAACUGGUGAGAAGACAGCCUACAAACAGGUUUUUAUGCGUGCACUAGUCUCCCAAAGGCAGAUUAUAGUGAACACGACACACGUUCAGAUAUAUGCGUGCACCACGAAAACCCACCAGUUUGUUCGAAUUUGACGUAGCGCUCCGGCUCAUUCAAGAGAUUGUUGACGACCAUCAGCGACGAAAGGAACUUCUUGCAACUCGGGAUGGCAUUGCGCAAGACUGGCUCGACUUAUUCCAACUACUUGCUGAAUAUCCAAAUAUUACAACGGAUUUGCGAUCCUGCUUAUCCAAUUUAAUGAUCCGUCUCUCUAGAAAGUCUGGUCUACACCCACAAUGCCUUACAAUUCGGGGCGUGGAGAAACAGGGUAUUUAUCCCGUCGGAGGAGGCGCAUUCGGUGAUGUAUGGAAAGGAAAGAUUGGGCAGCAGGUUGUGUGUUUGAAAGUGUUAAGGGCAUUCGAGACGUCCGAUUUGAAGCAGAUUCUCAAGGACUACAUGCAAGAGGCAAUCAUCUGGCGUCAGCUGAACCAUCAAAACCUCUUGCCCUUCAUUGGAAUCUACUAUCUGGACGUCGACCAGAAACAGCUGUGUUUAGUGUCGCCUUGGAUGGAGCAAGGGAAUCUUGUCCAGUUCUUGAAGAAUACUUCUCCAGAUGUGGUUGAUCAUGAUUCACUGGCAUAUGAUGUUGCCUGUGGUCUCUCAUACUUGCAUGCAGAGAAAAUCGUCCAUGGUGACCUCAAAGGAGUCAACAUAUUGAUUACUCCUGAUGAACGAGCGUGCAUUGGAGAUUUUGGACUGUCGCGCGUAUCUGCCACGCAACUAUUGCUUUCAGAGACGACUCGUUCAAAGGGAACAACACGGUGGCUUUCGCCUGAGUUAUUGAGACCUGAACCAAGUUGUGUCCCUUCAAAGGAAAGUGACAUCUAUGCUUAUGCUUGCGUGUGUUAUGAGAUUUUUACAGGUCGGAUUCCCUUCUAUGAAUUGUCCGAGGCAGCAAUUGUCUUCGCCGUCUUGUUAGAUAAACGACGUCCUUCGCAUCCUGAAAAUUGCACGAAGUUGCGGGGUUCAAUGUGGGAUAUAAUGGUGGCAUGCUGGAAUGAAGGGCCGUCCUUUCGACCCACCAUGGUGGAUGUUCUGGCGUGUAUGCAUGAAAUGAACGCGGAUCGUCGAUUGAAGCCGGCUUCCGAGUGGAAUGACCCCGCCUUUACGCAGAUAUGGAGUAAUGCAGAACAGCCACCAUUCUUGCAUGGUGAUGAACCCAUUCCCCACGAUCGCGAGCGAGGACGAGAACUAGAUUAUCCCUUUGCUCAAAGGGAUCGGAAAAGAUUCAAGCAUGCACGUCCAGGUGGCGCUCCUCCAUCUAUGCCACCGGCAGCCUUCCCCACGCUCCCUCCGCCACCAUCCACGAAACCGUUGAAACCUCGUGGCCCUUCGAACACAGCGGCUACGCCUAUGGGUCAUGCUGGCCAAAUUCAACUGCAACUCACUGCCAGCGAAGCUUCUGGUAGCGGUGCCACCCUCAUCCCGAUCAAUACUCCAGCGGGAGGUUUCCCAAACGUGGAUAUUGCAACUCACCCACCUGAAUUUAAGAAGGAAGGUAGUGAUUGGUUCGCGAUUUUCAACCCUAAAAUCAAGAAGGGUCUUGACGUCAGUUUGGUACACACACUCAUGCAUGAAAGCGUUGUCUGUUGCGUGCGGUUCUCUCCAGGUGGAAAAUACCUUGCCACAGGAUGCAACCGAACGGUCCAGAUUUAUAAUGUCAGGACGGGCGUCAAAACAUGGGUGCUGGCGGAUGGGGCUGUCGUUGGAGAUUUAUACAUACGGAGUGUCUGCUUUAGUCCGGAUGGAAAGUAUCUCGCUACGGGGGCAGAGGAUAAACAAAUCAGGAUAUGGGACAUUGCGAAGAGGCGAAUUCGCAAUAUUUUUGACGGCCACCAGCAAGAGAUCUAUUCCCUCGAUUUUUCCUCUGACGGACGUUUGAUUGUCUCAGGCUCUGGAGAUAAGACACUGAGAACUUGGGGCAUGGAUGGCACCUCCAGAGUCUUCACCAUCAAUGAUCUCGAUUCGUUUAAUAAGGAUGCCGGCGUUACGUCUGUGGCGAUCAGUCCUAAUGGAGAGUAUGUUGCUGCUGGCAGUCUGGAUACUGUUGUAAGGAUAUGGGAUGUGGCCACUGGGCAGCUUGUUGAAUGGUUACGAGGACAUCAGGAUAGUGUGUAUAGCGUAGCUUUCACACCUGAUGGUAAGGGUUUGGUCAGUGGGAGCUUGGAUAAAACUUCGAAGUAUUGGGAUGUAUCUGCCUUGAUGAAAAGAGACGGUUAUAAACAGAGUCAGUGCACAAUGAAUUUCACCGGACAUAAGGACUAUGUUCUUUCGGUUGCUGUGUCGCAUGAUGGGCAAUGGGUAGUGUCUGGCUCAAAAGACCGCGGAGUUCAGUUUUACGACUCACAUAAUGCAACUGUUCAAUGUAUGUUACAAGGACACAAAAACUCAGUCAUAUCAGUUGAUUUCAGCCCGUCGGGAAGCAUGCUAGCUACUGGCAGUGGAGACUGGGAAGCACGGAUAUGGAGUUACAGAAUGUAGCAAGCACUGUUCCGUCUGUGUUCCAUGUAUCUCCAACAUUCUUUCCUUACUUUUUAACUCAUUCCUUUCUGUAUUCGACUUUCAUACCGCGGUGUCUUAUUAUGUAUCGGUAGU